UCUGCAGGAAGCUCAGUGAAAGGGGAGGACAAGUGUGCAUUGUCCUAACCUGGACUAAUCAAACACCAGGACUGAAAAGUUGUAACUUGGUUGAGCCUAAUAGCUUGGCCUAACGCGGGCCCUGAUAUUAAGUCGGCUUUGUCCUAUCAAAAGGCAGACAUGGAAGAUAAUGAGAAGAAAGCAAUGGACCUCAUGGCUGAGGCCAAGAGGAAAACAGGUGGUGGAAAAGGCUUCUUUGGAUUCCUCACUGGCUCACGAGGGGAAGAAGCAGUAGAACUGUAUCAGAGAGCUGCCAACCUUUUCAAAAUGGCAAAGAAAUGGAGUUCUGCUGGACAUGCUUUUUGUGAAGCCGCUUCCCUUCAUCUGAAGAGUGGUACCAGGCAUGAAGCAGCCACUUCUUAUGUUGAUGCUGCAACUUGCUAUAGGAAAUCUGAUGCAAAUGAGGCAAUCAGCUGCUUAUUGAAGGCCAUAGAGAUCUACACAGAUAUGGGUAGAUUCACCAUGGCUGCCAAGCAUCAUCAGACAAUAGCUGAGCUGUAUGAGACAGAAGUUCUCGAUCUGGAGAAGGCCAUUCAGCAUUAUGAGAAGGCAGCUGAUUAUUUCAAGGGGGAAGAAAGCAGCAGCUCUGCUAACAAAUGCAUGCUGAAAGUUGCCCAGUUUGCUGCUCAACUGGAAAAAUAUGAUAGAGCCAUCCAAAUUUAUGAACAAGUGGCUGCCAACUCACUGGAAAGUUCUCUUCUCAAAUACAGUGCAAAAGAGUACUUUUUCCGAUCCUUGAUUUGUCACCUCUGUGUGGAUGCACAUAAUGCCCAAAUUGCCCUCCAAAAGUAUGAGGAGAUGUAUCCAGCAUUUCAAGACUCACGUGAAGCUAAGCUGAUCAAGAGUCUGAUUGGCUGUAUAGAGGAGCAGAAUGCAGAUGGAUUCAGCGAGGCAGUGAAAAACUAUGAUACUGUAUCCCGCAUGGAUCAAUGGUAUACCACAUUGUUGCUUCGAGUCAAGAAGGGCCUCAAUGAGAAUCCUGAUCUCCGCUGAGGAAACUUCAAUUUUGCAUCUUGUCAUUAUAUACAGGGUAUCCCAAAAUUCAAUUGACACAGUAUGUAAUUCACAUGUUUGAAAAUGAUUUAUUUAUAAUUAUUGUCAUUUAUGAAUAAUAAUUUGUAAAUGAUAAAUAAUUAAUUUUCAACAUGCAAAAUAUGUUCAGUGUCAAGUGUAAAGUGACUUUUGGGAUAACCUGUAUUAAACUGCUCUGUGGUUUUGUUUUAUUCUGCUCCUGGAAUGCAUAUGGUUUUUUGUAAUGCACAGGAGUAGUGGAAAGCUUGGAAUUCCAUUAUUAUUAUGGCACCAGCCAGAUUUCCAAAGGAUCUGAUCUCAAGCCCAUUUUGGAAAGCCAGGUUGAAAUGAUGUAGAGUUAGAUCAACAACCAGAUUGCUAUUGCUUUGUUUGUUUGAUCCCUAAAGAAAGUAUUGUAAUGUGAAGAUCAUGUGGAAAAUUACCCCUAUAGGAGUGAUCAGGUGGAUCUGUGAGAAGCCUGCAAUGAAAUUGGAACCCCCUGGCACCAUUUUAUAUCAGAUCCCUAUUCUGUGCAAGGUUUUUCCACUCUUUGUCUUGGGCUAAGGCCAUCGUGAUAAGAGUUAGGCCUCUAGCCAUUUAUUUGUCAGGUAGGAGCUUGAUUAAGAGUCCAUUACAGGCAGGGAAAAUGUGACCUCAGAUAUUAAAGGAUAGGGAUGUCAUUCAUUGGUUUUUGAGUUUAAGGCUUGAUUUUGAAUAUGAGAAGCAGUUGCUCUUGAAAGUUUUGAUUGAUAGGCAAA